AUGAACCCCGAGAGGAAGAAUAUCCACAAUUACAAGUUUGUGAAACCUCAGUUGGCUGUAUUGAGAGGACUUGGGGCACGUUUAGAUCUGGGACACAAAGAUGACUUCAAGGAGGCUUAUGGUAACCUUUUGGUCAUUUUGAACACUGAAGUCAACAUCACUGUUGUGCACACUCGGAUGCAAUUCUAUGAUCCUCUACUGAGAUGCUUUACUUUCCAAGAUUACCAGUUGGCGCCUACAUUUGAAGAGUACUCACAUAUUCUGGGUAUUAGGAUCAAGAACCAAGUGCCCUACAUUCACACUAAGGAACUUCCUAAAUAUCAAGACCUUGUUGAAGCUUUACACAUAGGAAAGAAGGAAGUAGAACUGAACUUGAAGCCUAAGGGUGGAAUUCAUGGCUUCACCUUUAAGUUUCUAGUGGACAAAGAUAUUGACUUUGCCGAAGCUAGGAGUUGGACGACCUUCAACACCAAUCUAGAUUUACUUAUCUAUGGGAUUGUUUUGUUUCCGAAUAUGGAGGAAUUCGUAGACCUGGCUGCUAUUCAUAUCUUCCUGACUCAAAAUCUUAUUCCUACUCUUCUCGCUGAUACUUACUACUCCAUCCAUGGCCCUUUUGUUGAGAACAAAGACAACUUGAAGUGGUCCCAGCGGAUCAUGUCCUUGAAAGCCAAAGACAUUUCUUGGUAUUCUCGAGUUUACGAUGGUGUCAAGCUCAUCCUCAACUAUGGGGAUUUUCCUAAUGUACCUCUUCUUAGUACAAAAGUAGGAAUCAACUACAACCCGAGGUUAGCACUAUGGCAAUUGGGAUACCCUAUGGUGGGAAAACCUGAUCUCAAGAGUGUAGAAGGUUUUGUCUUAUAUGAAGGGGUCGAAGAGCCAGAAUUGAUCAAGAAAUUGUCAAGGUUUGAGGAGUGA